AUGUCAACUUCUGAUCUAUUUUUAACACCUUCAAAAGACCAGCUGAGUUCCAAGUAUAUAUAUUAUCCAUUAGGAAAAUAUAAUACUAAUAGUACAAUUAAAAAUAAAAUAUCAAAAGUGACUUUAAAUAGCCCUACAAAUUCAAACACCAAUUUUGUUAAUAAUAACUCAAUUUUUCACCCUAAGUCAAAUACUAAUUCCAAUUCAAACAAUUCAAUAGAAUCAGUCCAAUCAGACAUCACCUCCUAUAAACGUCUAUCUCAAUUAUUGAAUGUCAACGAUCCAAUUAUUAUAGCUGAUAUUUUAAAACACAAGAGAACAAUAUCCCAUGACACAUUACCAAGUUUAACUCUAAAAAAUUGCUCUGCUAACAUUAACACUGUCACAGUUUUAGAUAAUUCUGCGCACAAUAUUGAUAAUACUACGAGUGGUCUUGCCAAGCAAUCUUCAGAUACUGAUAAUGUGAAUCACGGGUACCAAUAUGGUAAUACUGCCAAAAGUCUAAGUGUCAUUACCAGCGAUAGUAAUGUAACAACUCGUGACAAUAACAAAAACUUACCUCCCAAGAGCCCGGAGGAACAAAUGAAUAUUUAUUAUAAUGACUUUUCAAAAUUUCAUAAGGACCAAGAGAGAAACCAUAAUAACCGUUUGAGUAUGCAACAACAAACAAAUAACUACAAGACUGGUCCUGUCGAAAAUACGAUUAAAAAUACGGUACAAAGUAACCAUAGCAUUAAAAGGAAAAAUAGUACGAGCACUUUUACUUAUUGCUUUUUAAAUAACCCAUUUAACAAUUCAAAAUAUAGCUUUAAUUAUUUGAUAAAAAAAAUACUAAGAAAAGAUUCCAUAAGAAAGAAAAGGAAAAAGAAGAAAAAGAAGAGUAAAAAGAAUAUGAACGAUUUGCAUCAUAAUUCCACCACUCAAGAUAAAAACAAGCCCCAAUUUCAGGCCACAAAGUACCAGAAUAACACUACAACAACGCCAAAAUACUUUAGAUGGAGUUUCACCGCCCACCAAAACAAAAAUAAAAAUGAAAAGGCAAUCCCAAGGAAACCAAGCGAACUUAGAUUUAGCCAGGCAAACAUAAGUAACGAAAAUUUCUUAAAUUCUGUGAUAGAUUAUUGUCAAUUAAGUGAGAAAAGUAGUUCAACCAGUAGUCUAUAUGUUAAAUAUAAUACUAUCAGGAAAAAACAACAGCAAUAUAUCAAUAAUAAUCAUGAUUUAUCUUAUUCUAGUAGAAACAGUAUUAAUUAUCACAAAAAAUAUAGAGGUAGGCCUACCGCGGAUUAUAAAUUAAGUGUUAUCCUUGAUAAUGAACCCAGCAUUAAUAAUAAUCAGCUGGAUAACAUUUCACAUUCAAAACCAGUAUAUUCUUCCUCAACUAUCCACCACAAUACUAAUUCUACAACUCACAAUACUUUUAACCUGAAAGGGAAACCCAUAUUAAAAAAAAAUACAUAUUCCCAAACAGUAGAUAAUAAUAAUAAUAAUAAGAUACACCACCGUGAUGAGAGUGGUAAUAGUAAGGGUCAUGAUCAAGACAAUCAAAAUAACAAGGCUUUACAUCAGACCAUUUCAAAUCUGUCUACAAGCACCAUAAAUAACUUGAAUCACCACAAGAAGGAAAAUAGCGUGAUAACAGCAAACACUUUAAAAGAAAACAAUAAAAUAUACCCGCCACUCCAACAACAUAAAAACGUUAGGUUUGCUAACGUGUCAUCAACAACAACCACCACAACCACCAACCUAUCAAAAAAACAGCAAAAUGAUAACAAAAGUAACACCAAAACAAAUUUACCUUACAAUAAACAUAAAAAUGAGCAACUAAUAUCAAUUCCCCAUUCAAAUGCUGGAAUACCAUCCCCUGAAACACCAUUAUUGGAUGAAGAUACUGAUAUAUUACUAGGUGUUUUGAAUGGUACACCGACAAAAUCAAACAAUCGUCAUUCUCAAUAUGGUUAUUACAGUUCAAAAGAAGAAGCUAUACGGCCGCCAAAUAUUGUAUUUCCCAAAAAUAAAAAGAGAUACAUUAGUACCUCGAAUAAGAUUAAUUAUAUUACCAAAAACAAUGACAAUGAUGGUCCAUUAUUGUCAAUUGACAGAAAUCAAACCACAUGCAAAGAAAUUGAAAAUCAUAACUUAAGUUAUGACUCCAAAAUUUUUGAUAAUUCAAAAAAUUUUAGUUUAUUAAAAGGGCAAAGUGAAAAAAAUAAAAACGAACUGGAUACCGUUGACAACGAUCAAGAUGGUUUGAAAAGAUCCUGGAAUGAAUAUUUGAAAAGAAUAAUAUAUGAAAGAAUCAAAUUCAGGCUAGAUCUAGACAAAGAGCCCAGACUAACUUUCUAUAAUAUGGAUAGAAGGAGUAGCAAUAAUAGUAAUAUUGAAAGUAACUUUUCUAUUUCACCGGAUCUUUCGUUUUCAGUUUCACAAUAUAUCUAUGAAAAUGACACAUUUUCCGACAAAAAUUAUGAAGCUCCUGUAUUACAGUCAACAAAAGACAGCCACUAUAAAGGCAAAAGGAAAAUGAUAAAUAGAAGAUGCUUGUCUGUCAAUGAUUUGGAGACUGAUGAUGAUGAUUUUGAUGAUGAUGAUGAUUUGUUCACUGAAAGGUUUACAACAACCAUAGUAACUGAUCAUAGCAAUAUAUUGGCCAAGAAAGGUACAAACACAGAACAAUGA